AUGCUAAUAUUUAAAAAAGUGAAUUCAAAAGUUUUAAGUAUAAACAAUUAUUUGCAAAAAUAUCUAGAAUCAAAUCAGUUUGAAAAAAAUUUAAAAGAAUCAUUAAAUAACAAAAACUAUGGUGUUUCAAAUAGUCUUUUGUAUGACUUAUCUAUUUCUACAUACGAUGUAAAUUAUUACAAAAGGGUAUUAAGUGAAAUUUUUAAGGCAAUUCAAGAAAAGCCAUAUAAAUGGAGAAGAAUAUAUAAAGGAUUGAGACUAUGCGAAUAUGUAAUGAAAAAUGGAUGUGAAUAUUUUAUUAGUGAUGUUAAAGAAAGAGAGGAGAUAAUCAAAAAAUUAACUCAUUUUACAUAUUUAGAAGAUUUAAAGGAUAAAGGCGUAGGAAUAAGAGAAAUUUCAAACAAUAUUUUAAAAUUAUUACGAGAUAACAAAUAUUUGAAAAAUGAAAGAAUAGAGGCUGCAAAAUAUGCAAAUAUUUGUACAAACAUUGAAUCAAAGCCUCUUGAAAAAAAGGGUUUUUUUUCAAAUAAGAAAAAAAAAAAAAAUAAAAUAAAAAAAAUUUAUGAAAACAAUAAAAGAAACAUAACAGAUUCAAGAAAUAGUAAACUUUUUAAUUCCAAGAGCAUUUUUGACGAGAUACAAGAAGAAAGAAAUAUUUUAAAUAGAUAUACAAGUGAUAACAAUUAUAGUAAUAGAAAUGUGACGAAUUUAGAAAAAAGAAAUAUAGGUAGCGAUAAAAAAUCAAUCAGAUCAUAUGAUAGCUCUUACAGUGGUUCAUCCGAUAGUCAUUCCAUUUGUGAAUCAAGUAAAAAUAAAUCAAGAAAAAGCAAAAUUCAUAGUUCAUCUUCGAGAUCAUCAAAAUUCUCACGUUCAUCUUCAUCUUCUUCAUCUAAUCAUUCAAGUAAUCGUUCUUCUUCACGUUCGUAUUAUAAUUCAACUUCUCAUUCUUCUUCUCAUUCUUCUCGCUCAUCAUCUCGUUAUUCUCAUACAAGAUCAUCUCAUUCAUAUUCAUCUUCAACUUCAAAUACUUCGAAUUCACGUUCUAACUCAAAAUCAAGUGUAAGGAUUAGGCGUAAGUCUAACAGUCAUAGAAUAAACCAAUUAGGAAGGAGGAAAUAA